ACUUUUUUCUGCUUUCCAGAGGUGGUUUGUGGAGCCCCUUCUAUCUACCUUGACUUUGCCCGUCAGAAGCUUGAUGCAAAGAUUGGGGUUGCAGCACAGAACUGUUACAAGGUACCAAAAGGAGCUUUCACAGGAGAGAUCAGCCCAGCAAUGAUUAAAGACAUUGGAGCUGCGUGGGUGAUUCUGGGCCACUCAGAGCGGAGGCAUGUUUUUGGAGAGUCUGAUGAGUUGAUUGGGCAGAAGGUGGCUCAUGCUCUCGCUGAAGGCCUUGGUGUCAUUGCUUGCAUUGGAGAGAAGCUGGAUGAGAGAGAAGCCGGCAUAACGGAGAAAGUGGUUUUUGAACAGACCAAAGCUAUUGCUGAUAACGUGAAGGACUGGAGUAAAGUGGUUCUUGCCUAUGAGCCAGUGUGGGCUAUUGGUACUGGUAAAACUGCAACUCCCCAACAGGCUCAGGAAGUUCAUGAGAAGCUGAGGGGAUGGCUCAAAAGCCACGUCUCUGAUGCUGUUGCUCAGUCAACUAGGAUUAUCUAUGGAGGUUCGGUCACUGGCAGCAACUGUAAGGAGCUGGCUUCUCAGCAUGAUGUGGAUGGAUUCCUUGUUGGUGGAGCUUCUCUCAAGCCAGAGUUUGUGGAUAUUAUUAAUGCAAAACACUAAAGCAGCCUGGAGUCCCUUGGAGUCGCAAGGAGUUCCUUGUGAUUAGGAGCAAGAAACAGAAGCAACAAGGAACCUUAUACUGCACACCUGUCAGUACAGAGGCCUCCUCUGAGGCUUUUCCCCUCCACGGUCAUUGUUCUAGCUGUGCUGCUAACCCCCAUCACCAUGUUGGAGCUCUGUUGGUGGGAGCCUGUCCCAGCAGAGUCUUGACAGCCUGCAGCCUGAAUUGGCAAAAUCCUCAGAUGCCCAUACUCAUCCUGUUGACCUAUUAGAGCUCACAGUCAAUCUGGCCAUUGCCUCCCCCUUUCCCUGCAGUACUGCAGGGAGAGAAGGCUGCUUCAUCCUUCAGGCCCAUCAGCAAGGACCUUAUCAGCUUAGACCCUUGUGAGACAUCCUACCUCUGCUGUGUCCCAUACUGAAUAAUAAAUGGAAUGA